AAUCCACACAACACACAAUCCAAGUUAAAGAAACCGUUAAAAAGAAAAAAAAACUACGCUGUUUCUUGAAAAUGGAGAUUGUUAGGUUCGCGGUCAUUUUUGUACUUUGCUCCAUCUCGUCUUCCAACGCCGCAACUACACCGCCGAGCGGCGGAGCAGGAGAUGCUCACUCAAUGCCAUGUAUACAAAAACUGAUGCCGUGUCAGCCGUAUCUUCACUCGGCGACUCCCCCGCCUCCAGCGUCGUGUUGUAUGCCGUUGAAGGAGAUCGUCGAGACCGACGUGAACUGUCUUUGCUCCGUCUUCAACAACGUAGAUAUGCUUAAAUCGCUUAACCUUACUAAAGAAAACGCUCUUGUUCUCCCCAAAGCUUGUGGCGCCAACGCUGAUGUGUCACAAUGCAAAGCCAGCACCGGUACUACGACGCCUUCGACGUCACCGGGAACUACUAAAACUCCUCCGGCAUCUCCCACUGAAAGCGGAUCUACCGGAGGUCCAGCCUCUUCAACGGCCAAACCAUCAGACUCGGCUCCCGCCAUCAACUUUUCUGGAAUUAGCUUCGCCUCCGCUUUCGUGGCAUUGACAACAAUCUUAUUCUGAUAUCCUACUAAUUAGUCACGUCUUUAUUCAGCUUAGUUGGUUUAAAAUGUUGGAAACUACUAUUAUCAGACAAUAUUCGGUAACUGAUGAAUAUUAAUAUGUACUAUGAAAAUUCUAAUAAU